AUGAAGAUUACCUCCCAGCUGAUAACUAGUCUCGUUUUCAGGUUCAACCUCAGGCUGCUCCCGCUUCUGCUGCUGUUUCUUGGAUACUCUCGCGGGAUGCCGCAUGUUUUAAGAUUCGGGGGAAUAUUUGAAUCCAUCGAAAGCGGCCCCUCCGGAGCAGAGGAACUAGCCUUUAAAUUUGCCUUGAACACAAUCAACAGGAACCGCACACUACUCCCCAACACCACACUUACCUACGACAUCCAGAGAAUAAACAUCUUUGACAGCUUUGAAGCCUCCAGGAAAGCUUGUGACCAACUCUCAUUGGGGGUGGCGGCCAUCUUUGGGCCCUCACACAGCUCGUCUGCCAAUGCAGUCCAGUCUAUCUGUAACGCACUGGGGGUGCCCCACAUCCAGACCAAAUGGAAGCAUCAGGUGUCCGACAACAGGGACUCGUACUACGUCAGCCUGUACCCAGACUUCUCCUCCCUCAGCAGGGCCAUCCUAGACUUGGUGCACUUCUUCAAGUGGAGGACAGUCACUGUGGUCUAUGAUGACAGCACAGGUACAGGCCUCAUUCGACUGCAGGAGCUGAUCAAGGCCCCGUCCCGGUACAACAUUCGUUUGAAGAUCCGUCAGCUGCCCGCCGAGACGAAGGACGCCAAGCCACUUCUGAAGGAGAUGAAGAAGGCGAAGGAGUUCCAUGUGAUCUUUGACUGUGGACAUGAGAUGGCCGCCUGGAUACUGAAACAGGCUCUUGCAAUGGGGAUGAUGACAGAAUAUUACCAUUAUAUUUUCACCACCCUGGACCUUUUUGCCCUGGAUAUGGAACCCUAUCGCUACAGCGGAGUCAACAUGACCGGGUUUCGAAUCCUUAACACCGAAAACUCUCAGGUGUCGUCAAUUAUCGAGAAGUGGUCUAUGGAACGGCUGCAGGCGCCACCCAAACCGGACUCGGGCCUACUGGAUGGAUUCAUGACGACGGACGCGGCUCUGAUGUACGAUGCCGUGCACGUGGUGGCAGUGGCGGUCCAGCAGUCGCAGCAGAUCACCGUCAGCUCCCUGCAGUGUAACCGCCACAAGCCCUGGCGCUUUGGAGGACGCUUCAUCGGCCUCAUCAAGGAGGCCCACUGGGACGGCUUGACUGGCCGCGUGCUCUUCAACAAGACCAAUGGACUGAGGACCGAUUUUGACCUGGAUGUCAUAAGUCUGAAGGAGGAUGGACUGGAAAAGAUUGGAACGUGGGACCCUCCCAACGGCCUGAACAUGACGGAGACUCAAAAAAGCAAGACGUCCAACAUAACAGACUCUCUGGCUAACAAAUCCCUGCGAGUCUCCACCAUACUGGAGGAGCCUUAUGUGAUGUUUAAGAAGUCGGACAAGCCGCUGUAUGGAAAUGACCGUUUCGAGGGCUACUGCAUCGACCUGUUGAGGGAGCUCUCUGGCAUCCUGGGCUUUCGCUAUGAGGUGCGCUUGGUGGAGGACGGAAAGUACGGCGCGCUGGAGGAGAGCACGGGCCAGUGGAGCGGCAUGGUGCGGGAGCUCAUGGACCACAAAGCCGACUUGGCGGUCGCUCCCCUGGCCAUCACCUACGUCAGAGAGAAAGUCAUCGACUUCUCCAAACCGUUCAUGACGCUGGGGAUAAGCAUCCUCUACCGCAAGCCCAACGGGACCAACCCCGGCGUCUUCUCCUUUCUCAACCCCCUCUCGCCCGACAUCUGGAUGUAUAUUCUGCUGGCUUGCUUGGGUGUCAGUUGUGUGCUGUUUGUCAUAGCCAGGUUUAGCCCGUACGAGUGGUACAAUCCACAUCCAUGCAACCCAGACUCAGACGUGGUGGAGAACAAUUUUACCCUCCUCAAUAGUUUCUGGUUUGGAGUUGGGGCUCUCAUGCAGCAAGGAUCAGAGCUCAUGCCCAAAGCUCUUUCAACUCGGAUAGUGGGAGGCAUCUGGUGGUUCUUCACUCUCAUCAUCAUCUCCUCCUAUACGGCCAACUUGGCCGCUUUCCUCACUGUGGAGAGGAUGGAGUCCCCCAUAGACUCGGCCGACGACCUCGCCAAACAGACCAAAAUCCUUUACGGGGUGGUGGAGGACGGCUCGACCAUGACCUUUUUUAAGAAGACCAAAAUCUCCACCUAUGACAAGAUGUGGGAAUUCAUGAACAGCCGGAGGCAAUCUGUGAUGGUGAAGAAUGUGGAGGAGGGCAUUCAGAGGGUCUUGACCUCCGACUACGCCUUCCUCAUGGAGUCCACCACCAUUGAGUUUGUCACCCAGCGCAACUGCAACCUCACGCAGAUAGGGGGCCUCAUCGACUCCAAAGCGUAUGGAGUCGGAACGCCUAUGGGCUCACCGUACAGGGAUAAGAUAACCAUAGCCAUUCUGCAGCUGCAGGAGGAAGGGAAGCUGCAUAUGAUGAAGGAGAAGUGGUGGCGAGGAAACGGCUGUCCGGAGGAGGAGAGCAAAGAGGCGAGCGCCUUGGGGGUGCAGAACAUCGGUGGGAUCUUCAUCGUGCUGGCGGCGGGCCUUGUCCUCUCUGUGUUUGUGGCCGUUGGGGAGGUCCUUUACAAGUCCAAACAGAACGCCCAGCUGGAGAAGCGGUCCUUCUGCAGCGCCAUGGUGGACGAGCUGAGGGUGUCUCUGAAGUGUCAGCGCCGUCUCAAGCAGAAGCCCCAGCCACCGGUCAUCGUGAAGACAGAGGAGGUCAUUAACAUGCACACCUUCAACGACAGGAGACUGCCGGGGAAGGAAACCAUGGCCUGA